AUGAGUCUGUCAAAGUUAAAAAUAACCCCAAGCUCUGCCUACCAGCUGAUAUGCUACUUCACCAACUGGGCCCAGUACCGGACUGGCCUGGGGCACUUCAAGCCUGAUGACAUCGACCCCUGCCUCUGUACUCACCUGAUCUAUGCCUUUGCUGGGAUGUGGAACAAUGAGAUCACCACCAUCAAAUGGAACGACGAGACCCUCUACCAAGCUUUCAAUGGCCUGAAAAACAAGAACAGCCAGCUGAAGACUCUCCUGGCCAUUGGAGGCUGGAACUUCGGGACUGCCCCUUUCACUGCCGUGGUUUCCACUCCUGAGAACCGCCAGACUUUCAUCACCUCAGUCAGCAAAUUCCUGCGCCAGUAUGAGUUUGACGGGCUGGACUUGGACUGGGAGUACCCUGGCUCUCCCGGGAGCCCUCCUCGGGACAAGCAUCUCUUCACUGUCCUGGUGCAGGAAAUGCGUGAAGCUUUUGAGCAGGAAGCCAAGCAGAUCAACAAGCCCAGGCUGAUGGUCACUGCUGCUGGCAUCUCCAACAUCCAGUCUGGCUAUGAGAUCCCCCAGCUGUCACAGUACCUGGACUACAUCCAUGUCAUGACCUACGACCUCCAUGGCUCCUGGGAAGGCUACGCUGGAGAGAACAGCCCCCUGUACCAAUACCCGACGGACAACCUCAAUGUGGAUUAUGUCAUGAACUACUGGAAGGACAACGGGGCCCCAGCUAAGAAGCUCAUUGUUGGAUUCCCUACCUAUGGACGCACCUUCACCCUGAGCAACCCUUCCAACACUGGAAUUGGUGCCCCUACCUCUGGUGCUAGUCCUGCUGGGCCCUACACCAGGGAGUCUGGGUUCUUGGCUUACUAUGAGAUCUGUACCUUCCUGAAAAAUGGAGCCACUCAGGAAUGGGAUGCCCCUCAGGAAGUGCCUUAUGCCUAUCAGGGCAAUGAGUGGGUUGGCUAUGACAAUGUCAAGAGCUUAGAGAUCAAGGCUCAAUGGCUUAAGCAGAACAACUUUGGAGGUGCCAUGGUCUGGGCCAUUGAUCUGGAUGACUUCACUGGCAAUUUCUGUGACCAGGGCAAGUUUCCCCUAAUCUCCACCCCGAAGAAGGCCCUCAGCCUGCAGAAUGCAAGUUGCACGGCUCCAGCUCAGCCCAUUGAGCCAAUAAUGGCUGCUCCCAGCGACAGUGGGAGUGGCAGCGGGAACGGGAGCAGCAGCUCUGGAGGCAGCUCAGGAGGCAGUGGAUUCUGUGCUGGCAAAGCCAACGGCCUCUACCCCAUGGCAAAUAACAGAAAUGCCUUCUGGAACUGCCUGAAUGGAGUCACAUACCAGCAGAACUGCCAGGCCGGGCUUGUCUUUGACACCAGUAAGGAGGAAAUGUCUGCAUGUUUGGUGCAUGGGUGGGAUGAGGAUAUGAAGAGGAUAAGUCUGUCACCAGGUGACUUUCCUCAGGAAGGAGCUGAAGUGCUUCCAUGA